AGUUUUCCUUGUCACUUUACCUAUUAAUCAUCACUAAACCAUCGCUCUUUCGGAAAGUUACUUACCUGAAUUGACUACAGCUGUGGUUUUUAUUAUAGAAAAGAUGUUUAAAUAAUUGAUACUAUUCAUUUGUUUAAAAAUCAUUAAGACAUAAAAAGGUAAGUUCAAGCUAAGAAGACGGAUUCGUUUUUUGUUUUAUAUGAAUAGAACAGAUUUAGUUAUGGAAUAAAAUUAAAAGGUUAGUAUAAAUAUUUUAUUCCUCUUUCUGACGGCACGUUUUAACCUUUGAUAAGAGUAAGGUUAGUAGAACUUUAUUUUAUUCUUUUAUAUUAAAGUGACAUGGUUGUAUAUAAAAUUGAGAAAGAAGCAUGUUCCCUUGAAUCUGUUUACUGCGUUGAUAUUGCCAUAUGUCAGAAAAAGACAAAUGACACUUUUGUUUGUAUCUGCCCUGAUGGAUACGAAGGAAAUGGCAAAAAGGCUAAAGAAGGAGAGGAUAAUACGGGCUGUAAACUGCCCGAUUGUCCGGAAAAUAUGAAGGAAUUCGGGGAUGAAGAAUGUAUAGCUGUUUUAUCAGAACCAAAAACUUUUGAGGAAGCUGAAAAACAGUGCAACAGCAAGUUCGGCGGGAAUCUACUUUCAAUAACAAACGAAAAUCAGCUUGAGGAGUUAGCCAAGAUUGCUCCUGCAACCGAUAAUUUAAUCUUCAUAGGAGCUACCGAUAUAGCUCUUGAAGGUCAUUUUGUCUGGAAUGAUCAAGCAUCUAACGUCUAUAUGCCAUGGAAAGACGGCGAACCAUCUCAAGAUGAUAGAAAGAAAAAUUGUGUUGCUCUAGACGCUUCGAGCAAAUUUAAGUUCACCACUGAAGUUUGCACUAUUCCUCAUCCAUACUUCUGUUCAACAGCCCGUGUUAAGAGACAAUGUAAAAAAGGCUGGACUUUAAUAAAUGGAGAAUGUAUAUUUGUAUCGUCAGAAGAAGUGACCUACAGCGAUGCUUACCUUCGAUGCUCUCAAAAUGGAGCCGAGUUGGUUACAAUCACAUCAAGAGCAGAGGCAGACAAGAUCUUUGCUAGUGUUCCAUUUCUUACAAACAUACCUUAUUGGACUGGUUUAACAGAUGGUUAUUUAGACGCUCCUGAUGGAAGUCUAGCAUGGGCUAACGGAAAUCCAAUAGCAUAUUAUCCACUUCAAAAUCCAGACGUUCUAGCAUCUGGAAAGCAAUUUUGUGUUACUAGUUCUAUAGAUUCUAAAUGGACGGCUCAAAAAUGUACUCAAAAAUAUGGAUUUAUUUGUCAAAAAACACCUGGUAAAAGCAAAAAGUGCCCACCAGGAUCUUAUAGAUUUGGUGAAAAAUGCUAUAAAGUUAAAUCAACUGAAGGUCAAUCAUUUAAUGAAGCUAAAAUGACUUGUAAAACUAUGGGAGGAGAUUUACUCAGUAUUAAUUCAGCAGGAGAACAGGAAUUCAUUGCCAAUUUAUUAAAUACAUUAAAAUUUAAUCAAGAUUUAUGGAUAGGCCUUUACGAAAAAAGUGUGAAACUUAACUUUACUUGGACUGAUAAUACUCCUGCAGAAUAUUACAAUUGGGUUUCCGGUGAACCAAAUCUGGAAAAAUUGUUCUCUUGCGUGAAAAUGUCAUACGGAGAUAGUUAUGCUUGGAAAGAUAUAGAAUGCGCAACAAAAUUACCAUAUAUUUGCGAAUAUAAUAAUACUCCGUGUAAAAACGCUUCCCAAUGCCACGAAGAUGCUGAAUGUCAUAUGGGCCAAUGUCGAUGUGCUCCCGGAAAAUUUGAUGGAGAUGGAAAAGACGUUUGCAUAGAUAUAAAUGAAUGUGAAGCAGCUGUUUAUCCUUGUCACGAAAAAGCUAAUUGUAAUAAUUUGAAAGGAGACUACGAGUGUAAAUGCAAAGAAGACUAUGUUCAAAAUGGACUAAUUUGCAUUCAUAGGAGAUGGUGCGAAAAGGAUGAACAGUGCAACAAGAAUGGCUAUUGUAAUAAGACCAUUGGUCUUUGUGAAUGUAAUUCUGGCUGGGAAGGAGACGGCAAAGACGAAUGCCACGAUAUUGACGAAUGUGUUCAAGAAUUGCAUAAUUGUCACAAAGACGCAAUUUGUACAAACUUAGAUGGUAAAUUUCAUUGUGACUGUAAAGAUGGUUUUGUAGGAAAUGGAACAGUUUGUCAAGAUAUUCCAUUAAACUGUGAUGAUUUCUUACGUAAGCAUCCUGAUAAGGCGAAAAAUGGUCCAAGAGAAAUUGAUCCAGAUGGUCCGGGAGGAGUUGACCCUUUCUUGGUGGAAUGUCUCUUUGAAAAUGGCUAUGGCAUUACCUUGAUAGAAACUAAUAUAGAAAAGAAAAUUUCUCUUUAUAACAAACCGGAACCUGAAUCUUUUACAAAGACAGUUAUUUAUAAAAAUGAUGUCACCAUUUUGCAAUUAAUCGAAUUAAUAGUUUCCUCUAAAUUCUGUUACCAAGAUCUGAGCUUUGACUGUAACGGUAAAAUUAACCUUUUGGAAAAUGGUUAUUGGGUAUCAUCUGAUGGUGUUAAACAGAGAAAUUGGGGAUCAAUGCUAAACAAUAAUACAUGUACAUGCGGUGAAAUAGGAGCUUGUAAAAACGAACAAUCAGCUUGUAAUUGCGAUGGAUCGGGAAAGGGACAAGACUGGAGUAGAAUCAUUGAAAGGAAUAAGCUUCCAAUUAAAGAAAUUGUCUUAGGAGGAAUACAGUCCUCUUACGCAAAAUAUUUUGUUGGACCACUAAAAUGUUCAUCUGUUCAAUUCGAUAUUCCAAAGGAUUGCGACGAUCUCAAAAAGAAUUACGAAGUUGAAGAUAAUGGAGUUUAUUUAAUCGAUCCUGAUGGACCAAAUGGGGAUGAAAGUGGCAAUUUACCACCAUACAAUGUUUAUUGCGAUAUGGAAACUUACUCUCAUGUUGGCGUAACCGAAAUUCCACACUUAAAAAAAGGUCCAGGUGAAGGUCCAGGAGAAGGUCCAGGUGUACCUAAAGGUCCUGGAGAUCAGCCUAUUGUUUAUCCUUAUGGAUACGAAAUUCUUUUGAAAUUGAAGAAAAUAUCCCUGUUUUGCAUGCAAAAAGUCACCUACGAAUGUCAAAAUUCAAGAAUAUUUGGAGGAGGAGAAAUUCAUACAACUUGGAAUAGACAAGAUGGAUUAUCACUAAAAUACUUUCCUGGUGCUUCCGGAAGAGAAGAAACGUGUGCUUGUGGAUUAACAAAAUCUUGUAACGACCCAAAUGUUAAAUGUAACUGUGAUAUUGUCGACGGAGAAUGGAGGAAAGAUUUAGGAGUUAUUACAAAUAAAGAGGAUUUACCACUCGGAAAUUUAAAUGUUAAAGACAUUGGCACUGAUAAAAAUAUAAGAUACACGGUCUCUAGGCUUAUGUGCAGCACGAAUCAAUUCGGAAUUGAGCCUACAUGUCAGGUUUACAGAAGGAGAGGAGAAGAUUAUAGUUACGCUUAUCUUAUUGAUCCCGAUGGACCAGUUAAUCCUAAAUCUUCUCAGGCUGUUCAAGCAAAUAAUGUUGAACCAUUCCUGGUUUCUUGUGAAAUGUACAAGGAUAUACAAAUUGGUGUUACAGUAGUUGGUCAUGAUACCGAGGAUAAAACUACUGUUUCUGGAAAAGAGGAACCCGGAAGCUAUCACAAAGAUGUUACCUAUCUUGAAUCAUCUUACAAGCAGUUGAUUAAAUUAGCAGACAGAUCGGCUUACUGUCAGCAAUCUUUUGAGUAUGAAUGCACUAAUUCGUCUUUAAUUAACGAAGAUAAAAAAUAUGGAUACUGGAUAGCCAGAAAUGAUGCCAAAAAAUAUUAUUUUAAUGGUAUUAAAGGCACCGGCUGUGCUUGCUCAGGUGAUAAUUCAUGCGAUGGGGGAAAAUCGUGCAACUGUUUCUUGAAAGACGGAAAAACAAGAACGGAUAUAGGAAUGUUAAGUAACCGAAAAGAUUUACCAGUAACGGCCUUGAACUUUGGUGAUACAGGGGAUGAAGGUGAAAGCGGAGCUCAUAAAUUGGGCAAAUUGAGAUGUUUCGAAAUAUUCAAGACUUGUGCUCAUAUGUGGAAUUCGUAUAAAAGACCAUUAGGUGAACACAAAUUACCCCAUGGAAGAUACGUUAUUGAUCCAGAUGAAUAUAAGAUCCUUGAACCAUUUGAAGUUAUAUGCGAAUUUCCAAGAACAAAGGUCUUAGUGGUAUCGAACAGCGAAGGAACGACUGACUCUGAAAAAGAGGGAGAAGAUAACAAUAAACCAUUCGCUUCUUGUACUAAACCCCAAUAUAUGAAAGCUAGUAAAGAGCAGUUGAGAGCUCUUACAGAAGAAUCAGUAUUUUGUAGCCAAAAUGCCCUCUACAGAGGUCAGAAUGCCCCCUUAUCAACUCACUUUUAUUGGAAGAGUAGAGAAGGAGAUAAAAUACCUGGCUGGGCCGGAAAUGCUGGUGGUAAUGAAUGUGCAUGCGGUGAAACUGAUAGAUGUGAUGGAGGUCCAAGUGCCGCUUGCAAUACCGAUAUGGAUGAUGAUACUCUUAGAACUGAUAAGGGUCUUUUGUUUGAUAAAACAAUCCUCCCUAUCUCUGAGGCCUGCAUGGGCUAUAAACUUAAAGCUGGAAAAGUUUCCAAAAGUACAGUUGUAUUCCAUGCUUUAUACUGUUCAAACUAUCAAUUCGGUAUUGAAAAAGAUUGCCAACAAUAUAGAAAUAAAAAGACAACUGAAACAGGAACCAUGAUAAUUGAUCCUGAUGGAGGUUCUGGAUCAAGCUCAAAACCGUUCCCAGCUUACUGUGAAAUGAUUGUGGAUCCGCCAAUUGGCAUAACAAUAAUAACACAUAAGAAAGAAGUUUGCCAAAACAUCAAGGCUGAUGGAGAGACUAUAUCUUUGACAUACAAUGCCGCAGAUAAUGAACAAAUAGGCGGUUUAAUUACAGCAUCUCAAUACUGUACCCAAUUUACUGACUUUCAAUGCAACAAUGCCGAACUCUUGAUUAAUGAUCAAUACGGAUGGUAUCAAAACUCUGAUGAAAUAAAAAGCUAUUGGGGUGGAAAUACUGGAGGUCAAGGUUGCAAAGGUGGAAAGUGUAAUUGCGAUGGGACAGACAAAACUGACAAACAAGACGGUGGCUUAUUGCUAAAUAAGGAAGAUUUACCUAUUAAAGGUGGUAAAUUUCAGAAAAUUGAUCCAUCUGGUAGUAGAUGCUGGGAAGUUGAUUCAUUGAAGUGUUAUAAUAUAUACAAACACUGUGAACAAAUAAGACUGAAGAAUGCCAGAUAUAAUCCAUUGAGAAAUAACAGAUACGCCAUUGAUCCUGAUGGAGCUGGUGGAAAUGAUAUUUUUGGUGUUACCUGCGACUUUAAAUAUAACAAAAGAAUAGGAAUAACCCUUGUAAAGCACGAUCAGAGUGGUAUAACAAAUGUUGCUCAAGAACAUUCGAAAGUUUUGAAUUAUUUCAAUGUUAUAAUUCCUCAAAUUAGAGGUCUAAUAAAGGAAUCUGAAUUUUGCAGUCAAAAACUUAUAUAUACAUGCAGACAAGCUGUCUUACUUAAUGAUAUGACUACACCUAAUUCAUAUUUCAAAGAUUGGAGUGGAGCUAUAUCUGAAAAUUGGGCUAAUGCUGACAAAUCAUCAGUUCAAGGUUGUGCGUGUAGACUAUUAAAAACAUGUCCAGAAAACUUCACUUGCCGAUGCGAUAGUAAACUUCCAGUUUUACAAGAUGAAGGUGGAUGGGUUACAAACAAAAAUAAAUUGCCAGUUUCUGAAGUUUCUUUCGAUGGUAUAAGUAAACCUAACGGAAAGGGUUACUACUCACUUGGAACUUUUGGAUGUGGUCCUCAACCAUUUUAUUUGCCAACCGGUUGCAAGGAUGCUGCAGAGAAGGGAUAUAAAACAGGAGAAAUAUUAAUCAGACCAAAUGAUAAUCUUGAUCCAUUUAUAGUUUAUUGUAAUAUGGAAGGAAUGAAUUCUCAACAUAAGGCCAUAACAACCCUAAUAAACUCUGAAACAGUCCAAAAUGUUGUAAAUUAUAUGCAAGCUAGUUACGAACAAGUUAAGGAAGUUGUUAAUCAAGCUAAAUAUUGCUAUUUGCCUGUUAAAGUUAACUGUCAGGCCAGCCCUUUCCUCUCAGCUGGUAAUGGUUGGAUAGGAAGAAGUUCUAAGAUUCUCAAAUACUUUGGCUCAGGUAGUCCUGCUGCUUGUACAUGUGGUAAAGAAAAACGCUGUGGUGGUCAUGACGGUAGAGCAAAAAUGUCUUCAAGAUUGUGUAAUUGUGAUGCUUCUGACAGCGAUGCUAGAGUUGAUGCCGGAAUUAUUAAAAUUAAAAAUGAUUUACCUCUAGAGAAACUUGUAUAUAACAUUGGAUCUUCUGCAAACGCUUCAGUUUCUCUUACAGUUGGAACAUUAUAUUGUUCUGACUCACCUUUUGAUUUGGAUGAAUGUCAGUUGGGAUUCCACGAUUGUCAUGAGCUUGCUAAGUGUUCAAACACCAAAAAUGGUUUUACUUGUACAUGUAAAGUUGGAUAUAGAGCUUUGGGAGUACCAGAUAAGUGGGCUAAUGGAAGAGAAUGUUAUGAUGACAAUGAAUGUAAUUUGAACAAAUGUCCUAAAGAAGCAACAUGUGAAAAUAUACCUGGUUCAUUUAUUUGCCACUGUAAAGAAGGAUUUAAAAAAGUUGCACCAACAGCAUGCAGCGAUAUUAAUGAAUGCCAAGUUGGAACACAUAAUUGUGACGUCAACGCAAAUUGUAUCAAUACCUAUGGAUCUUUCUAUUGCACAUGUAAAGAUGGCUACAGAGGUGAUGGUAUUAAGGGAACCUGUGUCGAAAUUGGAAAAUGUACUUGUUUUGGUGAUCCUCAUUGCGUUUCUUUCGAUAAGAAAUGGAAUCAUUUCCAAGGAGACUGUCAGUACGUUUUAGCAAGAGAUGGCUGUGAAAAUGGUCUACCUAAACAAGCUGCAGAAUUUCAGGUAAUACAACAAAACUGGAGAGGAGCAGCUGAAACUAUUGGUAGAGUUUCAUGGACUAAAGAAGUCUAUGUUUUUAUUUACGGACAGAAAUUAUCGCUAUUGCAAAAAGGUAUUGUUUACUACAAUGGAGUUAAAAUUAUAAGACUUCCCUCAAGACCUCACGCUGCAAUAAACAUUAAGAGAAGUGGUCGAUUCAUACACGUAACAACUACAUCUGGACUAGAAGUUAAAUGGUCUGGUGAUGAUAAAGUUGAGGUAAUUGUGCCAGCAGAUAUGAAAACAAAAAUGUGUGGUAUUUGUGGUAAUUAUAACGGAAAUGCAACUGAUGAUUGGAUGGUUGCUGAAGGUUGCCCAGAUAGUGGAUAUGGAAAAUUGACAGAUAAUGUGGUAACAUUUGGACAAUCUUGGGAAUAUUUGCAAAGCGGUGAAGAAUGUAAAAAAGAUUGCGAUGCCACGAAUGAACCUCUCUGUAAUGAACAAGAACAAAUACAAGCUACUAUAGUUUGCAAAGAACUUUUCUCCAAACUGGGAAGAUUCAAGUCUUGUUUAAAGAAAAUGACCGAUGAAGAAAUACAAAAUUAUAUUUACGCCUGUGAAUUUGAUUUGUGUCAUACAGAUGAUAAUAUGCAGCUUGCUCUGUGUAGUGUUGCUCAAUCUUUGGUGGAUCGUUGUCAAGAAGAUCUUAAAAUCCCUAUUAGAAAUUGGAGAAGUAGUGAAUUCUGCCCUCUACUUUGCGGAGAAGGCCAGAUUUAUAGUCCAUGUGGAAAUCCUUGUCAACCAUCGUGCAAUAAUACUAUGCAACAGACUAACUGUAUAACAACUUGUAUUGAAGGAUGUGUGUGUAAAGAAGGAUUAGUUAUGGAUGGAAAUCGUUGUAUCAAACCAGAUGAAUGUGGUUGUGAACACGACGGAUUCUACUAUAGUGUUGGAGAUAGAGAAGUAAAACCACAAUGUACAGAAGAAUGUACCUGUAAUAACCAAUACGGAGAACCAGAUUGUAAACCUCUUAAAUGUAGUGACGAUGCAACCUGUAAAAUAGAAGAAGGUUCAUGGGAUUGCUACUGCAAUGAAGGAUAUAAAGGAGACGGAAAGACUUGCGAUGACGUUGACGAAUGCUCACUCCCAAAAUAUCCAUGUGAUGCCAAUGCCGAUUGCAAAAAUGAAAUUGGAAGUUAUACAUGUACCUGCAGGAAGGGCUUUGAGGGCGAUGGAAAAAAAUGUACAGACGUUAACGAAUGUCUCUUGAAUCUCGAUAAUUGCGAUGUUCACGCCGACUGUAAAAAUACUUUUGGAUCAUUUGAAUGCAAUUGCAAAGUUGGAUACAAAAAGGAUCCAGAAACCAAAGUUUGCGUCGAUGUUAAUGAAUGUGAAACCGGUAGAGAUAGAUGUAAUAGAGGCUCAACAGAAUGUAUUAAUACCGAAGGUUCUUACGCUUGUGCUUGUAAGAAGGGAUUCGAAGAACUUGAUAGAAUAAGCUGUUCUGAUAUCAAUGAAUGUGCCAAUCCGGACUUGAACGAUUGUCAUGAAAAUGCAAAUUGUCAAAAUUUGGUUGGUAGUUUUACUUGUACAUGUAAAGACGGAUAUAAAGGAGAUGGAAAAGACUGUCAGGAUUACGACGAAUGUAAAAAUGCCGACUGGAAUGAAUGUCAUGAGAAAGCAAGCUGUUCAAAUACCGUUGGUUCGUAUACAUGCUCCUGCAUUAACGGAUUCAGCGGAGACGGAAGAAAAUGUGAUGAUAUCAACGAAUGUGAUAAAUUGGGUUCUUCGAACAAAUGCCAAAGCAAAGAAGAUAAUGCUAAAUGCGUCAAUACUAUCGGAGACUAUACUUGCGGUUGUCUAGACGGUUAUUCCGGUGAUGGAUUAAAGGACGGCGAAGGCUGCGAUAAUGUAAAUGAAUGUCUCCUGAGUCCUCCAAUUUGCGGGCCUAAUUCUCAAUGUACUGAUAACAUUGGCUCUUAUACAUGUAAAUGCGAUGAGGACCACAUAAGUUCAAGCAACGAUGGCAAAAACUGCGAACCUGUAAAGAAAUGCAAGGAUAAUACAAUUACUUGUACUAAAACUGAAAUAUGCGUAAAUACCCCUACUGGACCAGUUUGUGAAUGUCUUCCAGGUUACCAUAGAAACGAUGAGGGCGCUUGUGAAGAUGACAACGAAUGUACAACUGGAGAGAAGAAAUGUGAUAAGCCACUUCAAGAGUGUGUUAAUUUACCAGGAAAUUACAAAUGUCAAUGUAAGGAUGGCUAUAAAGCGAAUGAAAAUGGAGUAUGCAUAGAUAUUAACGAAUGUGAUAAUGGGGACCAUGACUGUAAAGGCGGAUCUGAAUGUAAGAAUACUAUUGGAGGAUUUACAUGUGAAUGUAAAGAAGGCUUUGUUAAAAUGAUCGACUUUCUCUCCGGUGGAUUACCAUCUUGUGAAGAUAUCAACGAAUGUCUCUCCAAUAAGGAUGAUUGUGAUAAGAACGCUGAAUGUAUUAACACAGCAGGAUCAUAUACAUGUAAAUGUAAGGAAGGAUUCUACGGAAAUGGCAAGAAAUGCGACGAUAUUACAGAAUGUUUUGAUUUCGAUGAAAAAGCCGGUUGUGAUGAGAAUGCUGAAUGUUUAGAAUUACCUGGAAAAUUUGAAUGUAAAUGUCAUAAGGGUUACGAAGGAAAUGGCUAUAAUUGCACAAAUAUUAAUGAAUGCACCAGAAAUAUACACGACUGUCAUCAACAUUCCGAAUGUGUUGAUACACCAGGAGCCUAUAUCUGUAAAUGUAGAAAAGGCUUUUCUGGACAUUGCGACGCCUGUGAAGAUAUUGAUGAGUGUUUAACAAAUACUCAUGACUGCAGCGAAAGAGCUGAUUGCAAAAAUACCCUUGGUGGUUUCGAAUGUAAUUGUAAGAAUGGAUAUACCGGAAAUGGAAAGACUUGUGUAGAUAUUAACGAAUGCGAACUAGGUACUCAUACAUGUGGUCCUAAUGCUGAAUGUCAAAAUUUAGUUGGUUCUUUCAAAUGCAUUUGUAAUGCUGGUUUUUCUCUUGACGAGAAGAAAUCGUGUGACGAUGACAAUGAAUGUACUUCAAGUAAUCAUUUCUGCCAUGAAAAUGCUCAUUGUGUUAACACAGUUGGUUCUUAUAAUUGCCAAUGUAAACCCGGAUACAUUGGAAAUGGAUUGAGCUGUAAAGAGGAGGAUCCAGAUAGUUGCGGCGGUAAAAUAUGCGAUCAUAUGGCCAGAUGUGCAACAAUUGCUAAUACACCUGUAUGCAUCUGCAAAUUUGGUUACCAAGGAUCAGGAGAGGUUAUAAAUGGCGUACCUGGUUGCGUUGAAACAGAUCCCUGCAAAGAUAAUAAAUGUGAUAAAGAUGCUACUUGCUACAGUGGCUUAGGUAUACCAGUUUGUAAGUGCAACACAGGCUUUGCUGGAGAUGGAUUUAAAUGCGAAGAAGUUGAUCCAUGCGAUGAUACUGAUAUUUGUGGAAAUGGAGCAAUUUGUACCAAAGUUGGUUUGGAAGCUCAAUGUUCUUGCCCUAAUGGCUUCGGAAUGCUUAACGGCAGAGAUUGUAUCGAUAUUGACGAGUGUGUCUCCAAAACUGAUUCUUGCGGAGAAAAUUUCGAAUGUAAGAAUACAAUAGGAUCGUUCAAGUGCGUCUGUCAAAAAGGAUUCAGAUUAGACAUUGCCAGUGGAAAAUGUAUCGAUAUUAAUGAGUGUGAUGAUGGCACUCAUGACUGUGAUGAUAGCCAAAGAGCAAUUUGUGAAAAUAGAGCAGGAAGCUACUAUUGUGCUUGCAAAUUACCUAGAUACAAAGGUGAUGGGAAGAAAUGUGAAGAAGUACCCGAUGAAGGAUGUGGUAAAUCAUGCCCUGAAGGUUCAUAUUGUACUCUGGCAGAUGGAUCACCAAAAUGUGUCUGUCGUAGCGGUUAUACAAGUGUUUCAAACCCAGAUGGAACAACCACAUGCACUGAUAUUAACGAAUGCACCGAAAGUAAUUCGCUCUGUAGCCCUAAUGCUGACUGUGUGAACGAAGCUCCCGGAUACAGUUGCAUUUGUAAGAAGGGAUUUGUAGGAAAUGGAAAAACAUGCGAGGAUAUUAAUGAGUGCUCCUCAAAUCUUCACGAUUGUCCAUCUACGUCAGACUGCGAAAAUACUAUCGGCUCUUUUAAAUGUAAAUGCAAGAGAGGUUACAAAGGAGAUGGCAGGACUUGUACACUUAUACCAUCAGAUGAUGAUAUUUGCGGCUGCGGUCCAAUGGGUAUUUGCGAAAGUGAUACUGGAAAAUGUUUCUGUAAACCUGGCUAUAUAGACGAUACAACUAGAACAACUGACAAAUGCAAAGAUGCUGAUGAUUGUUUAGUUCCCAAGCGAUGCCAUCCAUUGGCUAAGUGCAUCGAUAAAAUCGGUGGCUAUAAAUGUGAAUGUCCACCAGGCUACGCUGGAGAUGGUGAAAACUAUUGCGAUGAAGAUGAAUGUAGCAAUGGACGUCAUCAAUGUAGUGAACAUGCCAUCUGUGAAAAUACGCCUACAUUCUACACAUGCAAAUGUAAAGAAGGAUUUAGAGGUAAUGGCUGGCUUUGCUACCCAAUUGCUGAUCCAUGUGGUGAUAAAAAUUGUGGUGAUAAUGCCUUAUGCGUAAAUAACAACGGUAAAUCUGAAUGUAUUUGCCAAGUUGGAUACGUAGGAGAUGGAGAGAAAUGCGUUGAUGUGAAUGAAUGCACCGAGGAAGGAGUUUUUGCUGAUGAUUGUCACGUACAUGCUAGAUGCUUCAAUUUCGAUGGAGGUUAUGCUUGCUCCUGUGAAAAUGGCUACAAAGGAGAUGGUAAAGACUGCUCAGAUGUUAAUGAAUGUACUGAAGAUAAACAUAAUUGUUCUCCAUAUGCCACUUGUGAAAACAGAAUUGGUGGUUAUGAAUGUAAGUGCAAACCCGGUUACAAGGGAGACGGAAAAGUUUGUAAGCCAGACGGUUCUUGCUCAAACAACGGAGGUUGCCAGGAAAAUUCUGAAUGUUCGAAUGAAUUAUCAACGGGUGGAGGAGGUUACGUUUGCGUAUGCAAAACUGGAUUUAGAAUGGUUAAUGGAAAAUGUGAAGAUAUUGAUGAAUGCAUCGAAAAAAGUCACACAUGUCACUUGAAUGCUACAUGCCAAAAUACUAUAGGUAGUUUUGUCUGCGCAUGUAAACCAGGUUUUAGAGGGAAUGGACAUGAAUGUAAAGAUAUCAAUGAAUGUUGGAAACCUGAAGAUAACACUUGCAAUGAUAGAGAGGAUUGUGAAAACUUGAUUGGUGGCUACAUAUUAAUGAAUGUUCAUCGAAUGAACUCAAUAAAUGCCAUUCAAAUGCGACUUGCACAAAUGAAGUUGGCAGCUACAAGUGUGCCUGCAAACAUGGAUACAAAGGAAACGGAAUUAUAUGUCAGGCUACAAUUGUAUGUGUUUAAAGAUAUCAAUGAAUGCAAACUUGGAAUUGCUAAUUGCCAUACGAAUUCAUUAUGUCUAAACUUACCUGGCACUUUUGCUUGCGGUUGCUUAAGAGGUUUUAUUGGAGAUGGUGUAAACUGCACCGAUAUCGACGAAUGUGCAAAUGAUGACCUAAAUGAAUGCGAUCCGAAUGCUGAUUGUUUCAACAGAAUUGGCUACUAUCUUUGUACCUGCAAAGCUGGAUAUGAAGGAGAUGGAAAGAUUUGCAUUAAACCAAAGCCGUGUGACAAACCUAACGUUUGCCACGAAAAAGCUAACUGCUUAAACGUUGGUGACAGUGCACAAUGCUCCUGUAAACCUCCAUUGAGGGGAGAUGGAAUAAAAGAAUGUUAUCCCGUGAAUGAAUGUGAACUUGGAGAAUACACAUGCCAUCCUCUGGCUCACUGUGUUGACAAAUACGAAGGUUACGACUGCGUUUGUAAAGCAGGAUAUUGGGGAGAUGGAAAGACAUAUUGCAAUGAUGUUGAUGAAUGCGACCCAAGUAAACCAGGAGGUGGUGGAGCUCUUUGCAUUUCAGGAAGUGGAGCUAUUUGUGUUAAUUCACCAGCUGGUUCAUAUUCAUGCUCAUGUCCUCAAGGAAAGGAAUUAGAUAACAGCGGAAGACGCUGUGAAAAUACAAAUGAAUGCAAUAGCGGAGCUCACAAUUGCACUCAAAACUCAGAAUGUAAAGAUUUAGAUCCAGGAUUUAAAUGCGUAUGCAAAUAUGGUUAUGAAGAAAUUAAUGGAGUUUGUACAGAUAAAAAUGAAUGUGAUUUAAACGAAGACACAUGUGAUAGCCUUUCAAGAUGCGUAAACACAGAUGGAUCCUAUGUCUGUGUUUGUAAAGUUGGUUAUUCAAAGAGUAGAUGGGGAAAAUGUGUAGAUAUCGACGAAUGCAAAUUCGGAAACAAAUGCGGAGAGAAAGCAAUUUGUGUUAAUACUAAAGGAUCUUAUUUAUGUACGUGUCCACCGGGAUAUACUGGUGAUCCAAAGGACAAGUGCGUUGAUAUUGAUGAAUGCUUGAUAAAAACUGAUCCAUGUCACGAAUAUGCUGAAUGUACAAACGUACCAGGAAGUUGCACUUGUACCUGUAAAGAAGGAUAUAUUGGAGAUGGUAUCAUUUGCGAAGAAGUUGACAAAUGUGGUGCUGACAUUGAACAUAAAUGUGCACCAAAUGCUUAUUGCGUACGAAAUGAAAGUCAAGCUGAUAAAUAUUCCUGCGCCUGUAAAUCCGGUUUCCUUGGUGAUGGAUACAAAAUCUGCGAAGGAGAUAGAUGUUUUGAAACUUGUCAUGACAAAAAUGAAUGUGCAUUCGACCUGAAGGUUUGCAGUCCAUAUGCAACAUGUGAAAAUGUUAAUGGUGGAUUUAUGUGCAAAUGUAAACCUGGAUAUGGUGGAACAGGAAAAGAAUGUACAGAUAUUGACGAAUGCGGCUUGGACAAACACGGAUGUGACAAAGAAAACGGUAUUUGUACUAAUGUGGAGGGUUCUUAUAAAUGCCGCUGUGCUUCCGGUUACGAGGGAAAUGGAAAAACUUGUACCCAAAUUAAUGAAUGUGAAAGAGGAACUCAUGAUUGUCACAAGGACGGUGAAUGUAUAGAUAACGAUGGUUCAUAUGCUUGUAAAUGUAAGCAAGGCUUUAAUGGCGAUGGUAAAACGUGCAUAGAUAUCAAUGAGUGCCUCCAAGCUACAGCUUUAUGUAGCGAAGAUUCAGAGUGUAUUAAUACUCCUGGUUCAUAUGAGUGUAAAUGUCAUGAUGGUUACGUUAAGGAAGGGAAUACUUGUGUAGAUAUAAAUGAAUGCUUAUCAACAACAGAGCCGCCUUGUCCCAAUGAUUGUAUUUGCUUGAAUAGUAAAGGUAGUUAUAAAUGCGUAUGUAAAGCUGGUUAUAGACAAAUUGGUGAGAAACAAUGCGAGGAUAUCAAUGAAUGUGAGUUGGAAAAAUUCCAAAAGAUUUGUUCUGACAAGAAGGCCAACUGCGCUAAUAAGCCUGGCUCAUAUGAAUGUGUAUGUCCCGAAGGAUUCGAAUUUAAUCUCCAAGGAAUAUGCGAAGACAUCAAUGAGUGUCUCCUUGACGGACCAAAUGGUGAAGAGGGAGGCUUUUGCGGAUCUGGAUCUCUUUGUGAAAAUUCCAUUGGUGGAUGUAAAUGCCUUUGUUCAACUGGAAUGGAACCACCAAAUGGAAAAACAUGCGGCCAUUGUGAUGAUAUUGACGAGUGUAACAGCGUUAGAUAUCCACAUAAUUGUCCACAAGAAGUAUCUGAGUGCAUAAAUGAAAAACCUGGUUUUAGGUGCAAAUGUAGCGCCGGUUAUGAAGGCGAUGGUUAUAACUGCACAGAUAUUAACGAAUGUGAAGUUGAUUCACACGUAUGCUCUGUUGGAGAUUGUAUUAAUACCGUAGGCUCCUAUAAAUGUGAAUGUCCAGGUGGAUAUGGAUUUGAUGGAAAAACUUGCACGGAUAUUGACGAAUGUCAAAUACCUAAAGAGUCUGAAAAUACACAUAAUUGUGACCCAAUAUCAUCAACAUGUAUAAAUAUCAUUGGAAGCUUCAAAUGCGAAUGUAAGCCAGGGUUUACUCAGCAGGGUGAUAAAUGCGUUGACAAGAAUGAAUGCCAAGAUCCUCUUAGAUGCGGUUUGAACGUCGAAUGCAUUAAUACAGUUGGCAGUUAUAAGUGCAAUUGUCGCCUUGGACAAAUUUGGAAUGGAAUAAUAUGCCACGAUAAGGAUGAAUGUUUGGCGAACCCAGAUAUUUGUGGCGGCAGUAAAGCUGGAAAAUGUGUAAAUGUAGAUGGAUCAUACAAAUGCGAAUGCUACACUGGUUAUAAAUUAGUUAACAAUAAAUGCAAAGAUAUAGACGAAUGUAUUGAAUUAAGAGUUGUUUGUGGAAAUGAGGCUACCUGCUUGAAUAAUGAAGGAGGUUUCGAAUGCAAAUGUCCACCCGGAUAUAUCAGAGAUGGAAACACUUGUAAAAACAAAGACGAAUGUCAAGAAGAUAACACUUGUGACCCUAACGCUUAUUGUAUAGAUAUAGUUGGUUCUUACAAAUGCCAUUGCAAAGAGGGUUACAAAGGAGAUGGAAAAACUUGCAAUCCUAUUUGUGGACCUAAUACUUGUCUGCCACAACAAACAUGUUUAGUUAUUGAUAAUGAGAGAGCGGAAUGUAAAUGUCUUUGUGAAGGACCAAUAUGUACAAAUAAAGGCGAGGUUUGUGGAGACGACUUUACAACUUAUCCAAGCGAUGCUAGACUUAUUAUUGACUCGUGUAAAGCUAAGAAGGUUGUAAAAAGGCUUUAUAGAGGAAAAUGCAGAGAUGGUUGCGAAGGAAAUCCUUGUGGAUUAUUCAGAUCAUGUGUUAUAGUUGAUAAUGUCCCAACUUGCAUUUGUGAUAAGUGCACUGACGAGGAAAUAAAUAGCGGAAAAAUAUGUACAAAGAAAGGAGAUACUUAUAACAGUAUUUGCGAAUUGAAGACUCUAAUUUGUAGACUACCUCAAUUGAAUGAUGAAGUUAAGCACUUAGGUGCUUGUAACACACCAGUUGAUUGUAAAUAUUCCGAUUGGACUGAAUGGACAAAAUGUUCAAAAGAAUGCGGUGAAGGUACUAAGUCUCGAAGUCGUCAAAUAAUCCAAGAAUCUAGCAACAAUGGACAACCUUGUCGAAAUACAACCGUAGAGAUACCAUGUAAAAUACAAGAUUGUCCUGGAGAUCCAUGCGCUACAAAAGCCUGUCGAUCAGGGGCGAUAUGUGUUGUUAGAGGCGGUGAAGCCGAAUGCGAAUGUCCAAGUUGUAAAUUCGUGGAAAGAUCGUACGUAUGUGGCUUACUAGGAAACGAAACAGUAACCGCGUCAUCCACAUGCGUUUUGAAAAGAAACGCUUGUUUACAUAACAAACCGUAUGGUAUAUUGCACGCAGGAAAAUGUGAAGAUGGAAAGGAUGAAAAGCCAUUAAAUUGCACUGCUAUUCCAAUCUAUUCCACAUUGAAAGAAACGUCAACGGAUUGCGUCACUGAGACAUUGUUACUUAAUCACUGUAUGGGAGGUUGUGGAGAAAGAGCUGAUAAGUGUUGUAAGCCAUCAGAAAGAGAAACAAAAUCCGUAAAAUAUCAAUGUCCAGAUGGCACAGCCAAAACUAAACAGCUAAAGUUUAUCAAGAGUUGUCACUGUAUUCUGAAAGAAUUGGAUGAAAAAAAUUUAGAGCAGGAAGAAAUGGAUGCCAUACCACUUACUCCAUAA